CAAGACUGUCAGCUCAGCAUCGUGCAAUCUGGUUUGGUUUGUUUCAUCCUCCUUUGAUCAAUGGGGGCAGUGGUGACAGACAAAGCCAGGUACGAGGUCUUCAAAACUGCGGUCGAUUUGCUGCGCCAGGAAGUCAGUGGAAAAGAGAAACCAGGUGUGAAAGACUUCUUCAAAGUGCUCCUUGAACCUGUUGUCAAAGGCUACAGCGGCUCCGGGUCAGGUGACCAUCCUUUUGACCACAUGUUUGGAUUGAACAACGGUGUAGACAAAGGAGAAAAGCACUUUCCUGGGGUGAAUUUCAACGACCCCAAGCAAGUGCAAGACCUCUUGCGCAGCUUCUGGAGAUGCAUCUUAGACAAGGAGAACAAGCCAACCAUCCAUGGUGGAAAGGAAGUGCGCUAUGGCAAGUUCUCCCAUGGAGUGUUGAAGGGCAAGCCAUUCCAAGUGAAUGUCAACACGGGAGAAUCCUCGCUCCGUGGGGGUUGGGAAAUUACAGACAAAGAGGCCCUGAAGGAAAUCAAGAGUAUGAAGUUGAAGAUGUACUGCCACAGGGCUGCUGAUGCGUCGAUUGCUGGUGGAAUUGGAGGAGGGAUUGGUGCCGGCUUUGGUGCCUACUGCUUCGAACAGUACUACCGCAAGAUUUGCUCAGAUGUUGACCAUCAGAUCGGCCAUGCAGAAGAGGUAGGACUGCGGGUCGGAAAAGCUGUCUCCCUUCCAGCAGGAAGCCUUGUGGGUGCAAGUGUGGCAAAGUUCCUGGCAGGCUUCCAAAGUGUCUCCAUGCUUGGCCCAAUGAAGUUUCAGGUUUGCGCCCUACUCUCAGGGGCUGCAGUUGGCUUCGCGGUCGCUGUUGCGGUGACCGGUGCAACAACUGCCAUCGGCCUUUGCGUCACUCAAAUGACGCGAGAGACUGCUAAGUGCAUGGAGCUAGCACAGGAGGCAAAAGAGCGACGUGAGAAGCUGCAGCAAAAGCUUCAAGACGUGACCAUCAUGACAACGAAGUUGAAGGCAAUUGCUGGCAAGCUUGUUGCUGUGGAACAACUUGUCAAUGAUGCACAGAAGGCGCUCCAGCAAGGCCUUCACUCGGAGGAGGACGUCAUCAAAUGGAUCGGAGUGGCCCAGGUGGCCAAGUUGGGGUUGGAGCAGAUCCUCAAGGCCUUGGAUGCAGUGGAGAAAGAUGUGCUGGAUCAUUUCCAAGAGUUGGAACGCACUCAUGCCAGGACUGUCCAGAACUUUUUUCAAGCACUUGAAAGCCAAAGGCGUGACACUGCUGAGACCAGGAGCUUCUGUGGGUCCACAUGGCCGCUAUUGAUCUUUCCUCCUUUGUGGUUUGCUGUCAAUGACAUUUCGGAAAUCUCCUACCAAAUUCGCUCACAAAGCCGUUGGUCGCAAGUGCAGGAAAACAUCCGAAGCGGCAUUGAACAGGAACUUGGCAUGCUGCAGCUGGCGAUUCAAGGCAUUUCAUGCAGCGAGCAUCGCGGCAAGUGCCAAGCCCUGAUCAAAGAGGUGGAAGAUUUGUUGGAUCAUGGGGCCGAAGAGCUGGAGAAGCUUCUUUCAAGACCUCAGACUCAGACGCAGGUUGGCUGCAUUUCGCAGAUUUGGUCCUUUGUGGGCAUCAUGUGGCCCUUCCCAUCCGAGGAUUCAAACACGAAUUUUAAGGACAGCUGGCUCGUCCAGAACCUCAUUCAUGCCUACUAGCUUUCACUGCGCGUAGCUGCUCGCUUCCCCAACGGCCUCAACGAUGCAGCUUAAUUCGACGGACGCCCAGGCUUCCUCGGUGGUGCCAAUUCUGGGUGGUCACUUACACUCCCCGCCGCUUAUUGCAUGGUCUCUCAGAUAUGUAGCUGCAGCCAUUUUCCCCUUGCAUGCAUGCAAAUGCGGAAUCCCAGUUCCAUUUCUUUAAGAUUGUUUAAGUACAUUUCAAGUGGGCAAGGCACAAGUCCAAUUGCCAACUAUCUUGGAUCUAGUAGAUCUGACCGCCAAGCAGCUUGGAAGCCGCCUUUCCAACUGAGGGGAAUGUGCUUGUUUUCAACCAAAGCAGGGCGACCGGCAAGCGCAAA